AUGCCCAGCAAACCCUUUUACAAGAUCGCUCCGUACUUGCAGGACUCUGUCAAGUACAAGGAGUACCUGUGUUUGGGAGAACUUGGGCAGCUGGAUUACGAAGAUUAUGAUCGGAAUGACGAGGGCCAGAUCAUUCUGAAUGGUAGCGAGGCCUUCUGCCGAUGGCCGGAUUGUACCGACAAGACUACUCGAUACACCUUCCAGCACCUUAAGGUGCAUCUGAAAAACCACUGCGAACUCCCCGCUAGCUACUACGGGCAUGAUGGCUCUAUUUUUGCCAAAAUGACCCCUGCUGCGGGAAACCGCCAUGACUGGUAUGAAGAGCUGGUCGACAAUGCCAGAAUGAACGCGGCGGAGAAGCCGAAGGUCCCACUUCUCACCAAUGGCCUGAUCUCGAAGAUCAAGGUCGCGGACAAGCUUCACGCCAUCAACCCUGGCAUCAGCAUUCCUUGCAUCUACUGCGAGAAGGCCGCUCCUGGCGGCGGACGGACACAUGCUUGCUGCGAAGACGUGCAGCGUUGCGGGUGGUUAAAGACUUUCGACGUCACCGAAAGUCUGGAGUUCGCCGAUCCCGCCCAGGCCGUUGCCAUCAAGGCCGCCAAAGCUGAAGCCGGCAAGGAAAAGGCCAAUGCCAUCAAGGAAAAGGCCAAGGCCGCCAGGGAGAGAGCCAAGGCCGCUAAGGCCGCUAAGGACAAGGCCACCCGCGGCAAUUAG